AAACAAAAUGGAGAAUCAAGGAAAAUAUUUUCCUCAUUUUCAAAAUUUUUAUUUUUCGGCAACAAAGGAUAUCUAUAGCCUAGCAGUUUGUAUGUCACUUCCAACUCUUCAAUUUGAUGUUUUGAGACGUGUAUUGGACAAUUCGUCGCUUACAACUGAAAAUGGAAGAUCAUUCAGAAAAUUGAUAAUUGAAAGUGGGGCACUGGAUGUCGUUUUGAACUGCUUAAACAUCUUUACGCACAGCAAUUCUGAUUUGGAUGCUCAGCUUACUCAAAAUAGCAAUAAUUCCUUGAAAAAACCAGGAAUUGCAUUUUGGAAUGCUGAUCAAGCACUUCAAAAGCAGAAAUAUGAGGAACGCUUCAUUAUGAUUAUUUUCAAGGUCUUAUCAUGUUACAUUAAUCCAAAGGAUAGAUGUAUAAAAUUAGAUCCAGAAAACUUUGAUUUUCCACAAAUUUUCGUCGAUACUCUUAAGGAAUCUUGCCUUAUUCCAGUAUUAUGCUCUUAUUUAAGAAAUGACUCAGUUUUGGAUAUUAUGAAAAAGGUCGAACUUUAUGGUGCAGUUUUUAAUCUGUUACAAGCUAUAGCUUCAUCAUCUAGCUUGUCAAAAUUAUUGACAUUAAAACAUGAAUAUGACUCUGCUACAAUCAAAAGCUUAAUAAAUAGCAUGCAAGAUUGUAUUGCAAAUUAUGUUUCGCGCUUACAGUCAACUUGUUUGGAUGAUGAAAUAAAAAUGCUUCAAUCAAACCUGAUUAUUACAAAUAAUUGCAUUAAAGAAGCAUCAAAUAUUGAAAACAUUUCAAACCAAAUGGAUCAAAUCAAGAUUCUUGAGCGUCCAAUAAGUCUGGCAGAAAAGUAUGUAGAAGUUAUGAAGGAAAUACAAUUUGAUUUGUAUGAAAUGAUCGAAGAAACUAUUUAUGGCUUCAAAUUUACAGUUCCAUACUUUCUUGAUCGACCACUUAGAUUAUAUGAUGAUUCAGGGCAUUCCGGACGUUAUAAACGUUUAGCUCAAGAAUCAGCUACAUUGUCAAAAUGCUUGCCAUUAUCAUUUAACAGCUCAAUAUUUAUUCGUCAAGAUUCUGAUCGAAUGGAUGUGAUGAAAUGCUUAAUUACUGGUCCAUCAAACACUCCGUAUGCAAAUGGCUGUUUUGAAUUCGAUGUUUACUUUCCACCAAAUUAUCCGAAUACACCUGUAUUGAUGGCUUAUAAGACAGUAACUCAAAGUGAUCAGUUUAUAAAUCCAAACUUAUAUAAUAAUGGACUAAUUUGUUUAAGUAUUUUAAAUACUUGGCAAGGAUCUCAGGAAUCAAGAUGGCAGCCUCAAAAAUCAACUUUAAUGGAAGUGCUUAUCGCAAUUCAAACCAAUGUUUUCGUAAGCGAGCCUUAUUUCAAUGAACCUGCUUAUGAAAAAAUACGUGGAACUGAAAAGGGUGAUUUGGAAUCUAAAUAUUACACAUGCAGUACAUACAUUUCUUCUAUAAAAUAUGCAAUUAUACAGCAAAUUUGUAAUCCAUCACCAUGUUUUAAAGAUGUGAUUUAUACGCACUUUUGGCUAAAGAGAAAUGAAAUAUGCGAGCAAGUCCAAAAAUGGAUUAAAAAUGCUGAAUCAAACUCGAAAAAUAGUGAACGCGCUGCUGAAUUUCUAGCUAUCUCUGAAAUGCUGACAGUUCAAUAUCAAGAGUUGAAAAAUAAACUGUCAAUGCUGCCAACCCCACAGAACUUGAAAGAUUUCGACAACAAAUUCGUUGUUAAAAAUUGAAGAAAAUGAUAAACAAUACUGAAAAUUAAAAGAAUUUAUACUGAACUUAAAUAAAGCAUCUGAAGCUUAAACUUGUUUUCCCAUAACUAUAACGAUUUUUGUAAAAGGGAGCCUCAAAAUUUUUAUUUGAUAAUAAUAUGCUAAUAUUCAAGGAUCAUUGUGAAUAUGUAUGACGUUAUUAGAGCAUUUUUAAAAUUGUUGAAAAAAAUACGUUGUUUUAAUUUUUAAAUUACUUCCAAUACAUUUCUGAAGCUGGAAAAAUUACUAAAGGAUUUGGAAGAGGAUCAAAGGAAUUAGGAAUUCCAACGGCAAACUUUCCCGUUGAAGUUGUACAGAAUUUGCCAAAGGAAAUAGACAUAGGAAUUUAUUAUGGAUAUGCCAGCAUUGAUAACGGAGAUGUACAUAAAAUGGUCAUGUCAAUUGGCUGGAAUCCAUAUUAUCACAAUAAACAUAAAUCUAUGGAAACUCAUAUUCUGCAUAAGUACGGACGAGAUCUUUACGGGAGUUUAUUGAAAGUGUGCAUUAUUGGCUAUUUAAGACCUGAACAGAAUUUUGACAAUUUGGAGGCAUUGAUUGCUGCAAUACGUAAAGAUAUUGACGAUGCUGAGCAACUUUUAGAAAGGCCUGAAAACUUGAAGUUUAAAAAUCAUGAAUUUUUUCAGAACAGCGAUAAUGUGAUAAUGAACAGUGAUAGCAGCCACAAAAUUGAGAUAAAUGGCCACAAAAAUGGUUUAUGUGAGAAUGGAAGUCAUCAUAAUUUAAAAGAAAAUAAUUUAUGAUUUAAUAAUAGUUUAUGGUUGUAUAUAUUUUUUAAGCUGUAUAGAAUAAUGUGGGGGAAGUGAUAGUACUGAAAGAUUCUAUAAUAUCAUAGUUUAUAUUUUCGACAGAAAUAAGGACGAAUCACUAAAUGUAAUUUUUUCUUUUACAAUUUUAUUAACGUUUUCAAAUAAAAUUAAUCUUAUAUUGUUGGUGACAUGACAAAAGCAUGCAAAUUUAUUUAAACUGAUCAUUGCUCUUCAUAUUCCUGCAACUCAAUUUGUUUCAUUAUUAUCUUGCCCAUUAUAUUCUCUAAAUCAUCUUGUAGUCGUUCUUUCAAUUUCUUAUUGUCAAUCGUCUGAAUCUCUUGCUCAAUUUGUGCCUGACUUGCCCUCAAUUCCUGCAAUUCACUUCGUAGAUUUAAAACCAUUGAAUUUUCUUUAGAAUUAAGAUAGUCUAUAGAUUCGUCGUCAAUAUUUUGUGAGCUUGUUCCUGCUACAUCUUCUUCAAACAUUGAAGAACUAAAUUCAGUUUGAUCAAUUAGUGGCAAUUGACUGUUUGAUGCUGAUUGAAUGCCUUGCAUCAUAGAAUUUGAGUCACUAAAUCUGCUCCUAGAAUCUUCAGACAAGUGUGCAUCCUCAAUAUCGAUAUCUGGAACUACUGCAUUAACAUCCUCGUCGUCAGAAUCAGACAAUUCCUCCCCGAAAAUAUGAUGUUCAUCGACUGGAAGAUUUUCAGCAGCUUUAUGCUUAGCAUGUGCUUUACUAGUUGAUGCUUGUUCCUUUUUGCUCUUAACUGGUGAAUUUCUUCCUUGUUCUGCUUCAACAGGCUCUUCACUUUCAACUAUUUCCCACUUUACAUUUACAGCUUCAUUGUCCGUCCUUAACAAUCUUUUUACUUCCUUUUCAAUUUCAGGCAAUUCAACAUUUUUCUUUUUCAGUGUUUUUCGGAACCUCCUUUUUCUUACAUUUUUUAAUGACGGAGUUACGCCAUGAGGAUACAAGAACUUCUUAUCAACCUUAUUCGGAUCUUUCUUCUUAUUUUUGACCUAUUAAUAAAGAUCCAGAAGUUAAUAAAUGAACAAGUUGGGGCUCGUCGAAAAUAAAGUAAGCAACUAUUUC